GACCACAUUCUCAUCAUCGAUGACUUCACCAACUCCGGAAGCACCCUGUUUGGGGCGGUUGAGUUAGUCAAGAAGUAUGCAGGGGGCAAGGAGAUGAACGUCUCCAUUUUUGUGUCCCACCUCGUGGCGACCUAUGAUCCAAAGGUCGUCGAGGGGCUGAAGGACAAGCUUCACAAGCUUGGCAAGCAGUGCCGUUUCUACACCACAAACUCCAUCCCCAUGACAACAGACUUGCUCAAGGGAGAUGAGCAGGCAACGGUGAUUGACAUCUCCGACUUCAUCGCAGAGUUGGUGGCGAAGUGA